UGACGUGGGCGGUGACGGAACAGGAAGUGUUGAGAUCAAAAGUGUGGCUCAGUGUUGACAGGAGACACAUGAUGAGGUACAGAUGGUGAAAGAUGCUAAUAACUUUGUGUUAUGUUUACCUGUGGCUGCGUUUUCAGAGAUAUUACACGAGCGUGAUUCGCGGCGCGAUAUAUCGACGGAGAGGCGCUCACAGCAGCUUCACUUUUUGCGCAGUGCAGACCUCACACGAGGACAAAGUUUUCCUGCAGCUGGGCAAUAAGGUCAUAUACAUCUCCGAGCCACAGGUCUGUGAUGAUCUCAGUCAGUGGAAGCUGCUCGUGGGUUCUUCACUGAUCUGUGCACAGCGGUUAGAGAAGAUCGCAUUCAUUAUAGAGGCGACGUCACGGCAGAAAGUGGGUCUGUCUGCUGCUAACUCGCAUAAGAAACUGCUGAAGUGGUCCGAUUACUGUCUCCCAUUGGCCUGCAGUCCCGGGCAGCCGUACAGGGCCGUGGCUGAAGCCAGUUUGGAAAACUUCAGUCGGCUUGGAGUGGCCUUUAUGGAAGAUCGUCUACGGAUGGAAAAUGGCCUCAUACCUGAAAAAAUAGUUUCUGUGUUGCUCGGUGAAUCGACACUUAAAGAACUGCUGGCCCAGCAGCAGUCAGACAGCAGUGGGAAAAUUGAGGCCAGACAUCCCAAAGAGUUGACAGGAGCUGCUUUAUCCCCGGAGAAAUCUUUGACGAGGCGCAACGUUUCGUCUUCUACUCUCCCUAGAAAGAGCAGCCUACGUCUGACUGCCCGACGCGACUCGGACACGCAGAGCUGUGGGACGGACCGUUCGGACGGCGGGCCUGAGAAACCGGAGGAGCGUGCGUCCGAGCACCACCACAUGGAUGGACGCCACCUCCAUCUCUCCAGUUGCAACGAGUGUCUGCAACUGGAGAACAGCACCAUUCUGUCGGUGAAGUUUGCCUCCGUGGAGAACAUUCCCGAUCUUCCCGAUGACUACGCCGCCACGGACAGCGAGGAGGAGGGCGAGACCACCUCGGGUGUAAACAGGCGGGGAAAUGUUAGUGGAAAGCCACCCAAUGUGCUUGUCUUCACAGGUGGCUGCGAGGAUCAGUACCGUAAGGUUCGCACGGUCCUGGCCGAGUGCAUCGAUACAGACCGCUAUGUCAUCUACCCCUUGCGUCCGCAGCAAGCUCUGAGCGAACCCUGGCCUGAGAAUACGCUCCUGCUGGUGCUCGCCUCCGAUCAGACCCUCACGCCACAACUUCAGCAGCGUUUCCUCUCCUACCUGAGCCAGGGCGGGAAGAUGUUGGGCCUGUCGUCCACGCUCUGCCCCGCCGGACUCGCUCUGCAGCCCAGAGAUGCGCAGAAGGACCAGAUCUGCACGCUGACUUUCACCAAGUCAGACAGCACGGAGGUGCGGCUGAGCGUGCUGGGCAGCGGGAGCGCGUACACGCGUGUGACACACGAUAGUAGCGGCGGGGAGGUGGAGCUCUGGGGGGAGAUCGACGGACAGGAGGAGAAGCACAUGGCGAUCGUUCGGGUGAGGCACGGUGCGGACAGCGGAGAGGCAGUGCUCUGUCAGGUGCGUUUGGAGACGGCCCCAGAUGCUCAGGGUUCUUCAGGGUUCUCUGAGCUAAAGAUGAGCAACGCUCGACGCUACGAGGUUCUGACGGAGAUCUUGACAUCUCUGGGUCUCAGCUGCGAGCUGACUCAGGUGCCGCCUCACAGCCCCCUAUUCCUGCUCGCUACUAAUCAGGAGCAGCGGGACAGAUUCCUGCACUGGCUGAAGGGUCAAGCGGACGGAUCGGUUCUGCAGACGCAAGCCGGGAGACUCCGGGUCAUUAGGGCCGGAGAGAAAGCACCUGAUCUGGACGACGGCGAGCGAGCGUUUCACACCGAACCACCACACGACUUCUCUGAACAUUUCAGUCUGCAGACGUACCAGGAUAACCUUCAAACCCGACGACUGGGCCGAACCGUCAUCUACGCAGAUGUCACAUCCACCACUAUGGACCUGCUAGACAGGAUGAUUCUGGAGCUGCCACAGGAAGUGGGGUUAAUCGCCAUAGCGACGCGUCAGACCCAGGGCAAAGGUCGUGGAGGAAAUACGUGGUUGAGUCCGCUGGGCUGCGCGAUGUUCACGCUUCACCUGCAAGUAGCGCUGGACUCACGGCUCGGUCAGAGAGUUUCCUUUCUGCAGCACCUCGUCUCUCUUGCCGUGGUGGAAUCUGUGCGCACGCUGCCGGGUUACGAGGACAUUGACCUGCGCCUGAAAUGGCCCAAUGACAUUUACUAUAGUAACCUGAUGAAACUUGGAGGAGUUCUGGUCAACUCCACCAUCAUGGGUCAAACGUUCCACCUUCUUAUCGGCUGCGGGUUUAACGUAAGCAACAGCAAUCCGACCAUCUGCAUCAACGACCUGGUGUCGCAGCAGAACCGUCAGCACGCCGGCAGUCUGGAGACGCUCUGUCCCGCGCAGCUCAUCGCUCGUACGGUGACUCUGCUCGAGCGCUUUAUCACAGACUUUCAGCUGCGAGGCCCACAAGCGCUGCUUCCUCUUUACUACAAGAGAUGGGUGCACAGUGGCACACGUGUGCGUCUGUGGAGCGAGGACGGACCUGAGGCCGAGGUGGUGGGUCUGGAUGAGAACGGAUUCCUGCAGGUGAUUUCAGAUCAGGGUGUCGUCUCUGUGCAGCCUGAUGGAAACUCCUUUGACAUGUUAAGAAAUCUGCUGGUAACUAAGUCCAGAUGAAAGCUGAAAACGCUAACCAUUCAUUUGACCACAUGUCAAGCGUUUUUAGCCGUGGAUUUUUGCUUAGAAAUCAUUUUUUAGGAUUUAAACCAACAUGUUAAUUUCUUUGAUCCUCUUAAUGUUUUCGAUCGGCAUAUUGAUUAUGGUGGAUGGGCUUUUGUGCUGUAUUUAUUGUGUAAAGAAAUUUAGAAAAUAUUUUCCCAUAAGUUAAGACUCUUGAAGAUUAUUAUCUUGAAACUGCAGGAAAUAGGGAUGUUGCUUGUGGUUCAGAUGUUGGCUUUGUGUGUGUGAGGAAAACAUUUCUUCUCCUGAAAAUAUAUGACAUGGUUUUUAAUUUUAGUCACAUUUCUCUUCAGGCCUUCCAAUCUCUGUGUAAGUUUACAUAAAAAUCUUUUAUGUUUCUUUUUUGCUUUUGUAAAAAGGCUUUUGUUAAAUCUUUGUAGUUUAUUUACUGGUUGGUUUUUUUGUUUUCAUGUAAUUGUUACUGUGUAUUUUGAUUCAUAUCAUGGAUAUUCAGCAGCUCAUCUAUCAAUAUUGCUCAAUAUUUUGUAAUAUUUCAGAGUUUGUAAACAUGCAUACAAACGUUAUGAAGUAUUAAAAACAAAAUGUAACUAUUUAGUUUUUUGUUCUAUCCAUUAGUUCUUUAAGUGAUGUGUCGUUGAAAAGACUUAUUCAAUGAAAUGAUUUGAUGAGAUGUUCAUAAUUCUCACACUGAUGUUGUUCACAGAUGGAUUCGGUAGCUUCUUUUGGCCACAUGUAGAUCAAGUAAAGAGUAAAGAGAUUCAACCAAAACUUGAACUCUGAGUUGACUUACUCGAGUUUUCGGUUUCAGAACAACUGAUCUGAGUCAGUUUAAUCAACUCCUGACUCUGAGUUAAGUGCGUACCAGUGGCUAGACACUUCCUUAACAGUAAACUCUGAUUACACAUGAGAUUAGGCGAAUAUCUAGCAAACGCAAGCGUCUCUUUUAUCAGAAAUCCUUUAGAUGCGUCCGCAGUCUCUUAUUUUGGCAUGACACGUGAUGCACACACAAUCUCUCAAAGCGCAGAACAAAUAUUUUGAAAUUACGAACCCUAACACAUGACAAGCUACAUACAUGUUCUGACGAACUUCACAUCGUGCCCUUCAAAAAAAUGAAGUCACCAGCCACCACUGGUGCAUACACACAACCACUAUGAAAAACCAUCAUCAAUGAUGCUCCAAUAUUACGAUUCACCAUGGCAACAGCAUGUAAAAAGGGGUCUAAAUCCUUUUUACUACUAAAACUGAAAGUACUGCCGCAAGUGUACAGCAAUUCCGAGUAUAUAUUUUAAAGAAAAGAGUUGUUGUGGGAAAUUGCUACUUGAGUCAAUAGGUACAUGUAAAGGUUCAUCACAGUUAAAAUAUCAGAUGUAAAUAAACUGGGCACAAGAUAUUGAGCCUUAUAUUAAUUUUCAUGCAGAUGCAAUCACAUGGACAAAAGGAACAUGACAGCAGAUAAAAAUCUAAUUAGGAAUAAUACUACAUAAAAGGCUACCGUACUUUACAAAGGUUUGUCUUUAAUAAUUUUUUUUU